GGGACGACGACGACGAAGUGCGUGUUCUGUGUGUGUGUGCCGUCGAAGCCGUGAUCGUAGCGUCCAGGCCACCUGCGAGUGGACACGGCCGCCGGGCGGGAGGAGUGCGGGCGAUGCCGCCGCGGGGACUGCGGACCGCGUGCUGUCCGCAGCGGCCGUGCCUCGGGCUGCCGGCGCCGGCGCCGCCGCCGCGGCUUCUACCUCGAGCUGCUGCAGCGACGCGUCGUUCCAUCGCCGCGCCGAGGCUCGCCAUUGACGACGACGAGCUUCGAUACGCCGCUCGACGGCUGCGUUCCUGAGGCUUUCCGGCGCUGCUCUGUGUGCUGCUGCCGUCGCCGAUGAAGCGGUUGUAUGCCGUGCGCCCUGCGGCGCGCACGGUGUGGUACGUGUGGUGGGGUUCGUACGCGCGCGAUCGCCGGUGCUGCGUCCAUUCCUUCGUUCUGUGUCCGCUACUUAGCGCUGAUGCUGAGCGCCACUCGGGUUCGUCGUUUCUCAUUAGCGACCUUUAGCGUGACUGUGUAGUCUCGGAAGUCGGGCGUGACGGGCGCCCGAGUGAAGCCCGCCGAGAGACGACCAUUUGUGGUGACGACGUUCUGGUGCUGCAUGUUGUGCGACGUCAAGGCGAACUGCGAGUGCCGCACGAAGAAACGCGCCUUCGGACGUGAGCGCGAGGUUUCUCCAAUAAUCCUUUCAGGAGUACGCCGUGUUCACCCUCAUGUAUGUCUGUCACACAGCUCUCAUUUAACGAGCAAGACUUGCGGACAGCAGCGCCUGACUCGUUUUGUCGCCGUGUGUCAGAGGAAACACGAGUGCUGUGUGCCUUUUGACGUCUUCCUCACAGCAUCAAUUGGUGAUAAAAGCGCGGCGCCGUCGACAAAAAACGCUACAGGCUACGUGUGCUCUCUCCGAUGAUGGUUUGUCGUAACACUGGUCACGUCCUCUACAGUGCAUUCUAUACGAACUCUGCGAAGCUAAUUGUCUCGCGUCAUGUUAGCGCAGUGGGCGCCACGUAUAAGGACUACACCUCAACUAAGCUAGUAUAAUUUCUGUAGUUAAUUGCGUAUCGCGACAAAAACGGUGCGAGCACUCGGUGGUGAAUAUGCGUGGGUUCUGCAUUGUUUAACGGUACUUGUGCAGACGAUGGUGUCAGCGUGAGCUAUGCGGAAUUUCCAUCGCAUACGACGCCCCGUUGGACACCCGACUUUCUGAAAGGCCCAAAGCGUUUCGCACGUUGCUUAUCCUGCUAUAAGCGUCAUCUGAUAUCGUUGGUCGACCGCGGUCACGUGAUCGGCGUAAAACGUGUGACACACUUCCCAAGAGGCGCUCUUGUGACGGUGCCGAACCGGUCUCGGAUUUACAACUGGCCGCCGGUGUGUGCGAUGUGUGCCCGGGACGACUCCGGCCUUCCUAGACAUGAUCAAGGGUCUCUUCAAGCGAAGACGUGCCCGGCCCGGACUGCAGCCGUUCUGUAAUGCCCAAGUAUACGCCUCUGGGAUCUGCCGACUCCAACUACAGCCAGCCGUCGUCCGACCUCUCGCUCGACGAAACUCGCGAAAAGCAACGUGCUGACAGAGAGAACAAGGCAUUGGCACAGUUGCGGGCGGCAAGGGAGAAAGUGGUAGCAUUUACGGUACGAACUAAUAUGGCAUAUGAUGGAAGUUUGGACGAUGAUUCACCUGUUCAUGGCUACGCUAUCUCAUUUGGAGUCAGGGACUAUCUUCAGAUCCUGGAGAAAUUCAACAAUGACUGGUGGGUGGGCCGUCUCAUGAAAGAGGGCUGUGACAUGGGCUUCAUUCCUAGUCCAGCCAAACUGGAAAACCUAAUUCUACAGCAAACGCAAACACGCAGCAGUAAAUUACAUUCAAGGGGUUCAACGCCACCUACUCCUGACCAGAAUGGUUUGGAAAGCAAUGUUGAAGAAAGCGACAGUCCCGGCAACACGAAGCUUGGUCGGGGUGUCAUCACCACCCUCCCUGCCAAGGAAAAACGGAAACCAUUCUUUAAAAAGACGGAAAGCCUGAGCCCAUAUGACGUAGUGCCUUCAGUGAGACCAGUGGUUCUGGUUGGGCCCUCUCUCAAGGGUUACGAGGUGACAGACAUGAUGCAGAAGGCGUUGUUCGAUUUUCUUAAGCACCGCUUUGAAGGCAGAAUCAUAAUAACUCGGGUGACUGCAGACAUAUCACUGGCAAAGCGCUCUGCCGUCAACAAUGCCGGUAAACGUGCACUUAUGGAACGCUCAAACAGCCGAACAAGCUGCCUAGCGGAGGUGCAACAAGAAAUCGAACGAAUAUUCGAACUGGCACGGACGCUGCAACUGGUUGUCCUUGAUUGUGAUACCAUAAACCACCCCUCUCAGUUGGCCAAAACGUCACUAGCACCCAUCAUUGUGUAUGUCAAAAUAUCCUCACCAAAGGUCCUUCAACGCCUGAUCAAGUCUAGAGGCAAAUCACAGAGCCGGAAUCUCAACGUACAGAUGGUGGCUGCAGAAAAAUUGGCACAAUGUCCACCUGAAAUGUUUGAUGUGAUUCUGGAUGAGAACCAGCUGGAGGAGGCGUGUGAACACCUGGCCGAGUUCCUGGAGACUUACUGGCGGGCUGCACAUGACAACCUGCCUGAGAACUAUGCCCAGCUCAUCCUUAACACCCCCUGUGCGGGCAUGCUGCCAGAUCUCAACCAGGAGUCCCUCGCUAGCCACCGCACCACUCACCCCAAGAGCAUCGAGGCCGAAAAGACAUCCAAGGAGCAGGGCCGAGAGACGGACGAAGAGCUAGAGUCCCUGUCUCACCACCGUGGCCACCACUACCAACAGCAGCAGCAGCAGCAGCAGCAGCCAACAUCACACCAUGAGGCCAUGCCCCACAGCAGUUCCUCACAAGGGGUGGCAUCCAGCCGGCACUCGGCAGGCACUGCGGCCACACACAGCACUACAGCGCAGCUGCACUCACGACCACGGUCACACCACCAUAGCUCGUAUUCUGAGAGGCGACUACCCAGACAACCAGGAGAGGUUUCUUCUCCGGAAGGGGACCUGUUUUCGGCAAGCUGUCGUGGGGAUGACAUGUACCCAGUGCAUGAUGACGACGACGAUCCCGACUACUACGGCGACACGCGUAUGCACCCGCCACCACCAGUCAUGGCCACCUCAUACCGUGGGGCCGGGAGUAGCAAUUUCGAUGAGUGGGAUGAUGCUCCCGAUCCGUACCUUGAGGACCUAUCACCACCGCCUCCGCACCUUCGGCAUCACCACCUUCCACACUCUGUGGCAGCACAGCGACGGCACCACCAUCACGGCCACCAUGCCUCCGAGUACGAUCGUGAUGAGUGCGAUGACGACCGCAACUAUCGGGGUGGGGGCAGCGGCAGUGGUGAGACGGGUCUCCACAGAGGACAGAAGUACCCCGUCAAUGUGCUCUAGCAGAGACUUUGCCCUCCUUGAGUCUUGGCUUUUUGACGGUAUCACAUUGUCACUGCAGUUGGGUGGUGGCAACGAUGCUUGGGCUCCAUGAUGUGCCAUGGCUUGGCAGCCACUGGCAGGGCUAGCGCAAUGUCGGUGCUUUCUUGCUAGCUGUGUAUCCUCUCUAAAGCACAGUUGCCACUUUGUGCAGCCGACUGUCGCAUUCUAUGACAAAGCCAGCCCCAAACAGCACGGGCAGGUCACAGGCUUGGCUGCCAUUGCCACGAUGGCUCUUCCUCGGGCAGCAGCGUUAUGCACCUGUACAGCCCAUGCGAGGCCCCCCUUAACAUCCUGCCUUUUUCAACAGCAAGCGGUUGACGUCUUUCGUGAGCAAAAAAGAAACCGCGUGGUUGUGCCACAGGACCUGAGCACGGUCCUCUCCCCCCACCCCUCCCCUGCCUCCCCCAAAGUGCAACACUCCUGCAUUUGUAAUCAAGAGAUGAUGGGAGAGAACAGAUCUCUCCACUGCAACUCUUUCAGCAAGCUCGCCUUACGCGUCCACAACCACCAUUCUGCUGCUCAAUGCAAAAUGCUUUUUUCGAGCGUCUUGCUGCGACACUGUACUGUCCACUGCAAGGAUUGUCAUGUACACUUUCAGGAUACUGGGACAUUCCUUGCAAGUGCUUUUGAAGCCCUUCUGCGAUUUUUCACUGGCCAUGGAUGGCGAUUCUCUGAGAGUGAACAUUUCUCACCACCGAGAAACCGUGAAGAAUGUAGGCCUUCAGCUUAGCUCUACUGUUUGCACCUUUCUAGUUCCUUAGUUUCUGGCAUCCUUUGCUGUGAAGCAGCAAAUAUUUAGGUCAAAGGCCAUCACAGCUUACUCUGUGCCAGGUAGCAGUUUUUUUAUUCUUGUUUAGAUAUGUGCCGACUACAGUUCUUGGGGGCUAAGAAUUACCUGUGGACACUUGAACUAAGUGACUUGAGACCUUACGUAUGCCAGGGGAUUCCCACACAUUCAGGGAGUUUUGUUUCUGUUGCAAUUUCUGUACAUUAGAUAUGUUCCUUUUGUCAAGGAACAUGCUUUCCUAGCAACAGCUACGGCUUUUCUUGCUUAGAUUUUGUGUGGAAGGUUUUAGAAAAAGUUUCUAGGUGUUUUAACAUUGUUUUUAAUUUUGAAUUGCAUGUUGUCUCCACUUUUUUAUUAUGACUGUUUUUAUUGGAAUCACAAUGUCACCAGUGCCUGUUAGGCAAAUGUUGUGACUGUCAUGCCAUAAAUUAUGUGCUGUUUUAAAUCCAUCAUUUCGCCAAACACACAUUUUACUGAAUUUAAUAUUGUUUAAGUUAAGCUUAUAUCUCGAGACAAAUGUUUUUGUAGAUUCAACAAGACAGCAGAGCCUUGUGGUUUGAUAUUUAAGGUUGGUGAUCUAUUACAAUUUAGGUAAUGCUGCUAGGUGGAAGAAUGUACCACAUAUGCUGAUUUGAGACCUUUACUUAUGGUGUUAUUCAGGUGCUGCUGCUGUUUUCUUGAGCCCUAUUCUGUACCUUUUGUUCAUCAGCUAUUUACACUGCAAAGCCUGAAAAUUACAAUUAUAUACAUAUAUUUUGUUUUAAAUUAGGAGUGCCUAAUUAUGUUGCAGCAUUGGACUCAAACUUGAGCUUCUUUUAUCAGUCUUUCAGUUAAGGUCAUAAUAAAUUUUUUAAAAGUUGGACACUUGUAACGUUUUUCAUCACAGUUAUGUGCCUGUAACUUAUAAAACUAUCAGCAUUAUGUCGAGUUGCCUCUCUGGAUGGGAGUACUUCUCAGCAGCCAUCUUUUAAUGCUCAACAAAUAGUGUUGGUUUGUGUUUUCAAAUCAAGUUAAAUUCUGUAGCCAUCAGAAUUCUUGGUUUAGAAGUUAUGCAAGCCUAAACUUUCUGAAGUUAGCUUCAUAACUAGUCUUUUCACAGUGCAUUUAGGUCGUGUAGGCCAUCUCGGAUAAUGCACAUUUGUGGGAAGCGACGUGGUUUUUGACAAGUCAUGGAAAGCAUAGCAGUGCUGUGUUGAGCGCAGGAACAGACUUUAGAGGUAGCACAUCACAUUUUCUAAGCUCAUUGCAUACCCUUCAUAUUUGCUUUUAUUCAAGAUAACCUUGGGGACCCCCAUGAUCAACUUUGCAGAAAGCAAGCCAAGAUUUUUAUGGAAUGAUUUGUUGUUUUUUGGUUGCCAUUGGUCUCCAGACUAUAAAAUUUUAUUUUUUAUGUCUCCUAGUUUGGCAUUACUGUUAAAAGUAUCUUAGUGCAAGCUUCAAGACAAACACAGGGCACCCAAAAACAAGCACUACCCUUAAUGGCAACAUUUUAUUGGUCAGCCGAGUUUGUUUUGUGGUAGAUGCUUAGGUGUGUCUAUGCACACAGUUUUUAUUGUUUCUCUACAUUUAGUAUUGUACAAACAUGUUUGAACAGCUGUUUUGUCAUGGCUCUUAUCAGCCUUUCAUUUGUUUCAUUUGAUGAAUAUUUGCAUGUGGUGCACGUGCACAUCUUCCAUGUGUUGCCGGUACAGUUGACCUUCAUUGAUUCAAUUACUACUGGAUGUGCAGAAUUGGUUCAAAUUACGAGAAGCCUAAAUGACAUGCAUAUAUCAAGCCUAAGUUCUUACUUUUUAUAUCUUGAUCACUGCUGAACGAAAAGCAAAAUUUGACGAUGUCAGAUAAAUGAAGGUUGACUCCAUGCUUGCACUAGUUUAUCCUUAAAUAUAUACUUUGCCUUUUUGAUGUGAAAGCAUCAAAUGGCUCAGUGAGUGAAAAAGCUAGGAUCCGAAGUCUGUAGCAGCCUAAAUUCCCAUUGGUUCUGACACCACAGCUUGAGCGCGCCUCGACGGAGCAGAGCGAGCGAAACGGAACGCCAGCGCGCCAGGUGUUGUGUGAGGCAACAGGGCAUCGCCUCAAUGCUAUGUCACCUUCAAUCUUGUUCUCAGAAGCCUGUGUUAUCAGCGCAUUCCUUGUCCACACAAGCACUUGCCUGCAUUCUAACUGCACCUCGGUAAGGCCAAAUCAAAAUACGCCAUGCGUCUCAACGCACUUGCUCCCGUGAGGAGUUCAUAAUUCAAAGGGCCACUCAGCGGUGUUCAAUUGGAAAUUAAUGCUUUUGCAUUCACAACUCGUAAGAAGUGCUUAGGUGUCCUUGGAUAUUGUAUUGGUAGGCUUCUGUGAUCUUUUCAUUUUUACAGCAAUUUUUUUUGCUUAUUGUGCAAUUUAAUGCUGGACCAUUUCACUUGCUUAUAAGAUUGAUCAUGCUGUUAAGAGCCUUGAAGGCGCUGUGUUUAAAUGGCUGUGAUUCUGUUGUUUGUGGUGCCAUGUUACCAGAUGCCAUGAAGUAGCCCAUAAAAGAAUGUUAUUGAAUUCCUUCUGUGUGUAAGCACUUAGUCCAGUAUUGAUGCAGUCCUGAUUGCAUGGAGGUUACAAACUUUACUGCUACGAAUGAUAGUGUUUGUGCACAGGUAUACCUACAGACGUGCCACCUGUAUGCCUGAGAUGCACCUAGACAGAAGUGCGUUAAUGAAAUUGCUGCACAGUAUAUAUAUAUAUGUAUAUUACCAACUGUAGCUGGAGGGACAUGAACAGGAUUGCCCUGUGGCAACACUUUGUCUGUUGAAGCUGCCUUACAACUGCGACUCUGUGACAGAGACUGACUGCUCAUGUUAGGUGAGCCCAAAGAGAGUCAAAGCAAGAACAGUGUGAUGUUUUUUUGAUAAAGCUCUGCUAUCCUUGCCUCUGCAUUCUAAUGUCAAUACCUAUUAUAACUGGUUGCUGGACACUCACAAUUGCUGCACUUGUGCUCGACACGGUUUUAGCUCCGCCCACUAAGCCUUCAUUUCUGGAUUUCAAGUGAAAGCGAUCACUUGGGAGACUUUAGAGAGUAAUAGCGGCAACAUCUCAAGGAGCCAGCCGGAGACGUUGACUUGCCACCUGUGAAGCACAUGUGGUGCCAGUUUACAUAAAUAGUGUUUCAUAAAAACUUUGUAAGCAUCCUUUGUGGUGUCCUGGCUUCAUUCAAGGAAAGCAGCAUGCACUUGAGACCAAGGUACAGCUCUUGGACAUUAACAGCAUUUUGCAGUAUGGAAGUGCAGUUGUACAUCCUAUGGUGGCACGUCUGCACAUGAUGAAUCCACAUGCCAAUUAAUUUUUCUUUUGGGCAUCAAUUUAUCUAAUCAAGAAGAAAAUUUCACUCCUAGAUACGAAAUUUGAGCAGCACAAGAGGGUGACAAUAACUGAUGAACAUGAAAUACAGUUUUCUGACUGGCUUAAUGCUCGUUUACUUACUUCAGUUUCAAUACAACUGUGGCUGCAUUUUUAGUCUUGUUGCACAAAACCGGACUCUAAUCACAUAGCAAGCUUGCUUUGAUGUUUUAUGACACAUCUUGCUUCAAAGUCAUAAGCUUCAUUAUAUGAGCUGCUUCUUAGAAUCAAAACGGCUACUGAUGAGCCGCACAUUCUGCUGCUUUUAUGCUGAAUAUGUGUAUCUUUGAUUAGGCACCGAACUUUAUAGUUUACUGGUGUGAAUAAGUUAAUUUUUUAUUCUUUACCUUUAGGGAUCCCUUUAACAAGGCUUAUGUUCAAAACAGCUUCCUUUUGCUUAAAUAUAGUGUGUUAAUUGCACAUCAUUGCCUUGUAAGCUAGCCUUGCAACACUACAAUCCCUUCAUGAAAAUGUGUAAAUUUAUGCGGCUCAUUCUGAAUUCCCUACAGUAAAGCAUAGACCUCUUUACUGUUUUUUCAGACAUGUUUUUUAAAUGGUGUAAAAGACAGUUGUGAGUACUUUGUUAGGAUGACCUUUUAAGUUUUUGUCUAUGCAAAAUCUAGCGUUGUAAUCAAGGCAGUGAGGAUUGUGUGAAGGAAAAUGUCUUUGUCUGGAGAAAUAUGCUUAUAACCAUUUUCUUUUUUUUUUACUUUUGGGGAGUGUAAUAAGGUGAAAUAAUGCACACGGAGUUGGUCGCUGAGCAACUGAAAGGACAUGUAUUGUGGGUACAGCAGCAGUUGCAGUUGUUAAAUUAAUGGUUAAAAGAAAGUUGGUGCUAGUAAUUGCCAACUUGGCAUUAAGUGCAACUUUCUAAACAUCUUUUUGAUGUCUGCCUGCACAACUGCAAAUGUUGGAUAGACCAGCCUCAAGCGGCUAUAUGAAACACUUUUUGUUUCUUACCUGCCAAGAGCAAAGUUAUGUGGAUGAGAGUGCCAUCUGCUUCCCUUUCAUUUUCAAGUGGCAUGAACUAGACUGUUCAACAGAGGGCUAGCUGCUUUGGUUUGUGACAAAACCACGUGUACUUACAAUGUUAUGUAUACAGAUGAGUUGCAUGUACAGUUGUAACAAUUACAUGACAGGCAAGGAUGCCCAUUGUUUUCAUUUGCAUUGCAGAAAUGGCUUGCCACAAUUGUAAACAUGGUGUGCAAAACCUUUAAGCACUUUAUCUUCUGUCAUUGCUACUGUUAUGUGGACACAUAUUGUUUGGUGACUUGCAGAGCAACUCACUAUAGUAGAACCUUGUGAUAGUGACCCUGUGGACAGUAAAACUCUGCUUGAAGUAAAAACAGGCACCAAUCGUGUGUACAUUUUUAUGCUCUCUAUGGUGAAAUGUCUCUGUGUAUUAAACUGCCAAAUCUAGCAAACCUGUUGCAGUGAGCAACUUUUGCCCUGCUGAUACACAAAAACAUACCUCCUCAGAGGGACCAUUAUGUUGACAUCCAUACUUUAGUUGCAUAAAACAUGAAGUAUGGUGUACUUUUCAUAUGUGGCUUAGCAUAUUUUGAGCAUACGUGUGUGCUUGACGUGCAAUAUCUGUUGAUGGGCUAAUAAGCAUAUGCUUUUUCAUUUUUGAGGCAAUCUUCUUGGUUGGAGUAAUGCUUGUCGAGUGGCUCACUCGUUCAUCAUGGGCAAACUAUAACAUGGUUCUACUGUGCACUGUCGCCAUUGCAGAGCUUAGUCUUGUUUUUCUAAGGACUGCAAAAAGUUGCUGCCUGCUUAAUGAAUUUUUAUCCUGAGUUAAUGGAUAUAUACUUGGGACAUGCAACUGUAAAAAAAAAACUAAGUGCUUGAGGUUGAAGCAAAAGAGAUUGUUUCGCCUAUGACAGCUAAGUCACUCAUGGUGUCAGGAGCACAAAAAACUUGCUCAGGACAUCACAGCCUUUCCAAGGAUGCAGAGAUGUGACACAAAUGUAACAUCGACCUAAACUUUGUAGCAAUGCAUACACGACUGUAACAGCCUUUAGCACUGAUAGUCCUUUCAUUGUCUAACUGGUGUUUACACGUGGCAUUUCUUUUACAUUUUCCUAGCGCACACCAUAUGUAGACACAGGGCAUCAUCAUGUCUCACAUUCUUUUUUUAAGCUUCACUGGCGACGAUGAAGCUGCGCUGAGAAGCAAGUGCAGGCCUCUUGCUUUUCCAUGUAGUCUCCCCUCUCGCCCAGGCAUGCUAGCAAAAGUGAGCACUGACCGCCAUGGUCUCUGGUAUGCACUCAUGCUGAGCUAGCUGCUAGAACUGUACCUGCUGACCUCAGUGACUUUCUUCUUCUCCUGGGGACUUUAUCUGUACACACGCGGUGGCCCUUCGUGGCACUGGGACCCUGACCGUUCAUCGAACAACCAGCCUCAAAUGUUUUUGUCUCCUGCGCUUUUCUCUCUCUUGUUAUGUCCAGUCACAACUGACCCACAGUGUGUACAUGUAUACAUCAGGCUCUUUGAGUGCUCUGGUCUAUAUGUUCUUUUGUGGGACUUGGUAGUUCUUUUCCUGCCUGUUCACUUGUGCGUGUUGAAUUUCCUCGGGCACACUGAGUGCCAUGCAUGGAAAUGGUCUGAGUGCCUGUGUGUUCUGUGUGCAUCGCUUGCACUUCUGCGAAUGUUCACAGAGAGAGUACUGUGUUCUAAGGAGUACUAUGGCUCACAGUAUGAGUGGCGUGGUUGGCAUGUUGUUCCCCAUUCCACUUAUUUGGCGAGCAGUGGUGCGUUUGCAUGUGUGAGCAUCACAGUGACCAUGUUUGCGUGCAAGACAAUAGCAGCACCAAUCAAACAUGUUGCAAUACUGCAGGCGCAGGACUGUCCACGAGAAAAGUGGGUCACGUGAUGGGAAACGCUCAGUUCAUUUGAUUUGAAAGGUAAAUGCUGCAAUUACAGUGUUCAGUGGUGCCACCGUCCUUUUGCAGAUCGGGGCAGUCUUAUGAUAAUAUUGGGUUCUGUCACGUAGGGUGGCUACAGUGCGUACAUGAACCCCUGUAUGGCAGCACUCCACUGUGAGCGAGAAUGAGAGUGCACGCUGAUACGCCGCCAUCUAGAAUUGCCGUAGUAAGAAGCAACAGGAAAUAGCGCUGCACUUUUACUCUCGGGAGUGCUAGUGACUUAUUUCCCAACCUGUCAAUUUUGUAAAACAAGAAAAAAAUGAUGGUUGUGAUGCAGGUUACAUCGCAUGUAGCUUAGUUAGUCACCCUCCUUUCUGAGUAUGGCAUUUAUGUAUGCUCUGUAGAGUUCCCAUCUUCCAUGAGUAGUAGCAGCAGCAUUUUGCUCACAGUUCUUUUAAACUUUAUUGUUAUCUUUUCUUCACUCAGUUGUGAUGCGAGGUCUGCGCUGCCUGUGUGGCACAGGUGUGUGGGUGAUUUGUACAUAUGUGUACGCCAGAACGUGUCGGUUUCUCUCAAACUCUUUCUCUCUCUCGUUCUUUCUCUAGCUCUGGCGCUCUUUCUCUGCAGUUUUCUUUCCCCAGUAGUGUUCGAACUACUAAGAGACUUCCUUUCCCACCCUCUUGUAAAACGUGCAACGUUUGAGGUUUUCUACUCAUACUCUCUUUCGAUGAGAAAAAAGGCAGGUAUAUAUAUAUAUAUAAAUAUAUACAUACAGGCGAGUGCUGAUACUAAUUGAGAUCUGUGUGGAUGAAGAGCGUAUGCUCCUUGCUUGCACACCUGAGCGUGCUUUGUCAGGAAAUGUGCUUUGCUCUUUUUUUUUUCUUGAACAAAGCGUUUUCAUAAUGAAGGCUCCUGCAAGGAAACUGCGUAUAUGUAUAUAGUACAUAUACAUGUAUGCGCGCAGUGUAAUGUAUAAAUAUGAAACAAAACCUUUACGGCAGUUUGUAAAUAAAGACAUUGCCAAACA